AUGAAUUAUACAUAUAAACAAACUGAUUUAUUUAAUACUUCUGCAGCUGUCAACUUUGAUCUUCAUGAACGAGGAAAUUUAACAGAAAUACCAAGUUAUAUUAAAGAUGUGUCUAAAGCUCAAGUAAUUAAUCUUAGUAAUAAUCCAUUAAUGAUUAUUCCAGAAUGUCUUCAAGAAUAUACUACAUUAAAAAAAUUAAUAUUAUCAAAUUGUAAGUUAAAUUGUAUUCCUAAACAUUUCUUUGAUUCAUUAGUUCAAUUAACGUACUUAGAUAUUUCAAAUAAUAGUGGAAAUAAAUCUAUGUUCUUUACUCCUUUGUUAGAUAGUUUAACUAACUUAAAGUAUCUUGACUUAUCAUCUCAAGUUUUCUUUGAACCAAAUACAUUAGAUAAAUUCAUAUUUCCUGUAAAUUUAAAAACAUUAAUGUUAACUAAUUGUAUUAAUAAAUUACCACAUUCAUUAAUUGAAAUUAAAGAACUAGAAACACUUGAUAUUUCAAGAAAUAGUUGUAUUAAUAUUUCUAUACUCCCUCAACUUACAAGUCUUAAGAAUUUCAUAUUAGAAUCAUGUGAACAAAAAACGUUACCUACUCAAAUUAGUUUUUUAACUAAUUUAACUAAAUUAGAUGUUGCUGAUAAUGAAAUUAAAGAAUUACCUUAUUGGCUUUACGAAAUGACUCAGUUGAAAGAUCUCAAUUUGAGUACUAAUUUAUUGAAAUAUAUUUCUAUAAAACAAACUCAAUUAACUUCAUUAACUCAUUUUAAUAUAAAUAAUAAUUCAAUUAAAUCAUUACCUGUUGUUCAUCCAUUAUUAAAUGGAAUUAUUAGUUGUUUUAUGCCUCCUGUUAUUAGUAAGAUUCAUGUAUUAUCAUCAUCAUUUGGGAUUGAAACUAUGAAAAUGAUAACUGAUGAAUGGAUUUCUAUGACAAAUAACAAUACAAACAAUAUUAUAUUUCUUCAUUCAAAUGAUGAAAUCCGUGGAACUUCUUCUCUUAAUAAAAAAGAUUAUUUUACUUUUAUAUACCAUGAUGAUUCAUCACCAAUACCAUUUAAUUUUUCACGAAAUGAUUGUUAUUUGAUAGUAUUUACAUCAAAAGAAAUUGAAACUAUUUACUAUUGGAAAUAUUAUCUUAAUUUGGUAUUACCACAACAAAUGUCUGUGUUUGUUUUAUUACUCGCUGACAUUAAGUCAUCUGAAAAAGAUUUUAUUGAAUCAACAGUCAAAGACACUUUUAAACAAUGUGAUUUUCUUCAUCUCGCUAAAGGAAAAGAGAGUAAUCGAAUAAUGGCAGAAAAGUUUACUGAGUGGAUAAAAAAGUUUAAACAUAGAUGGGAAAAUGAAGAAUAUGAACUUCUUGAAAUUGACCAAGAAUUAUUAAAUUGUGAAAUUAAUCCACCAAUUGUUAAUAGAGCUCAAUUAGAAAAAAUUAUUGAAACUUUUGGAAUCAACAAAGAAAAAUAUAAACGAUUUAUUGAUGAACUAGAUCAAAGUGGAACUAUUAUAUCAAGUGUUUCAGUAUUAAAUAUUAUCAAAAAUAAUGCACCAGACUUACUUAAAGUUUUGCCUUGUUUUGACUCUAUGGAAGAAGUGUUUAUUCUUAAAACUAAUUUAUUUGAGAGGAUAUAUGAUAUAAUGUAUAAAAGUUCAACAAAAGGAAUUGGAAUGAUGAGUGAUGUAUAUUCUAAAUUACAGUGGUGUGGAAAUAUGAAUAUUACAUUAUUCUCUUUUAUAUUAUUUAAAAUGGAAAUACAUAAUAUGCUAUGUAUUUAUUUUGAUGAGUGGUUUGAAAAUUUUCAUUUAAUUAAUAAUUAUGAAGGAUUUAAACAAGAAGGAGGAAUAGAAACUUUAAAAGAGUUAUUAAAUAAACCACUGGAAUCUCAACAUAAAUUAGUUUUAAUGACUAAAGAAAGCAUCACAAGUUCUCAAAGAAUUAAUACUAAAACAUCUGAACAGAAUCAACAAUGUAUUGAAUUAAAAGAUGAUUCUAUUCCUGAAUCAAAAGAAUUUAUUCCCUUUAUUCCUUUCAGUUUACACAGUACAUUAUCUAUAGCAAAUUCAAAAGUCAUUGAACGUAUUUGGCCUAAACAAUUAGAAAAAGGAUUUAAUGAAUAUGCAUGGUCAUUUAGAAGUAACUAUAUACCGCCAUUAAUAUAUGAUCAUAUUUUAGCAUUAAUCUUAGUUAGUAAUUCAAAAGUUAUUAAUAUGUUCCAACAAUAUGUAUUUGUUGAAUUUGAAGAUCAUGACCAAAUUUAUUAUCUUAUGAUUAAACUAGAGUACUCUCGAUUAAUUAUUAAAAUCAGAACUAUUGCUAAUAGUGUUACAAGAUCAUUGUAUUGUAUUAGUUUUAUUGAGGAACUAAAUAAAAAGAUUAAAGAAAUAUUAUCAUUUUAUUCACAAGAAUUAGCAACAAAUGAAUGUGUUUUAUGUCCAGUUUGUAUAGAAGAAGGUAUUCCAGAUGUAGGAGAGAUGCUUGUUGAAAAUUUAAGAAUUGCUAUAAGAAAUAGUAAUGAUACUAUCAAUUGUCAACCAAGCAUAUCAAGAGGGAGUUAUAGACAACAUAUUGUUUCAGUGAAUAAUAUAUCAAUUGGUGUUCAAUUAGAAGUAUUAAAAUCAGAUUUUUCUAAUUUAAUGAUAGAAGGAAGUAAAGUAAAAAUUAAACGACAUUUAUUAGAUGAUACUGAUUAUAUAUUAUAUGAAGCAUCUUAUAAUAAUGAACAAGUAUGUAUGAAAACUUUUUCUUAUGAAGGGAAAAAUGAAAAAGGAGGAAGUACUAGGUAUUUAGGUAAUGUGUUUUCUACUAUGAUGAGAGAGGCAAAUGUUGCAAAAACUAUUAAUCAUCCUAAUUUUUUAGCAUUAAAAGGUAUUGUCUUAACUCCAUUAGCACUAUUAGUUGAUUACUGUGAACAAAAUCUAAGUCUAUAUCUUCACUCAAAUAGUACUGUUGAUUGGAAAACAAAUUUAGACUUUAUCAUUCAAAUUUGCACUGGAAUGAAAAAAUUACAUUCUAUCAAAAUGGUUCAUCGAAAUCUUAGAACAAGUGUUAUAAUGAUAAAAAUUAAUCCAAUCACUAAAGAACGAUAUGCUGUAAUUGCUGAUUUUGGUAAAACAACACCAAAUUAUAUUGGUAAUAAAAUUGAAUUCACUAAAGAUAAACGAGAAGAGGAUGUUAGUAAAAUUGCUUAUAUUGCUCCUGAAGUACUUCAAGACCAAGAAUUUAAACCAGAAGCUGAUGUAUAUUCAUUUGGUAUCAUUCUAUGGGAAAUAGCACAUCGACUAUACCCUUAUGAAAAAAAUAAACAAUCUCCUCCUUUAUUUUAUCAAAUUUGUAAUGGAGUUCGUCCUCUUCCUAAUGUUAAAACUCCUUAUUCACAAUUUAAUAAAUUAGUUGUCAAAUGUUGGCACCAACAACCAGCAAAUAGGCCUUCCUUUACUUCUUUAUGUGUUGAUUUCCAGAAAAUAAGAAGUGAAGCAUUUAAACUUGAUAAAAAGAAAUGA